AAAUUAUAAUUUUUCUUCAUAUUGCCAACCACUUUCUACGAGAGCCAUUCUCUCUGCACUCAGUUAAUUCAUCUGAUAAAAAAUGGCUGCUCCAGGGCUUGCCAUUAGAGUGAAUUAUCCCACACUUCAAUAUUUGACAGCCCAAAAGUUCAACUAUGGUGGAAGAAAACUGUUCUUUGUGAAAGCAUCUGCUGGUAGUACAGAAGCUGAGGAAGCAAAUAUCAUAGUAAGGAAAGAAAAAUAUGGUUGGCAGCCAGAUUUCUCAGGCGGAAUGCGGCCGACACCAAUACUUGAUACAAUUAACUAUCCAGUUCAUAUGAAGAAUCUUUCUGUAAAGGAACUCGAAAAAUUAGCUGCUGAACUUAGAGCAGAGAUUGUACAUACUGUAUCGAAAACAGGAGGACAUCUAAGUUCAAGCUUAGGAGUUGUGGAAUUGACUGUGGCUCUGCACCAAGUUUUCAGUGCUCCUGAAGACAAAAUUAUCUGGGAUGUUGGCCAUCAGGCUUAUGGGCAUAAAAUUCUCACUGGAAGGAGGUCUAAAAUGCACACAAUUAGGAAGACUUCUGGGCUUGCAGGCUUCCCCAAAAGAGAGGAGAGUGUCUAUGAUGCUUUUGGUGCAGGCCAUAGUUCAACAAGCAUCUCUGCUGGACUCGGCAUGGCCGUGGCGAGAGAUUUGUUGGGGAAGGACAACAGUGUCGUUUCUGUUAUUGGAGACGGAGCGAUGACUGCAGGACAAGCAUACGAGGCGUUGAACAACGCAGGAUUUCUUGACACUAACCUUAUUGUUGUACUGAAUGACAACAGGCAAGUUUCGUUGCCCACAGCUACACUUGAUGGCCCGGCCACACCUGUUGGCGCCCUCAGUCGAGCUUUAAGCAAGCUCCAAGCGAGUCCUAAGUUUAGACAACUUCGAGAAGCUGCAAAACAGGGCAUUACAAAGCAAAUCGGACCACAGGCACAUGAAGUUGCAGCAAAAUUCGAUGAGUAUGCAAGGGGGAUGAUAAGCUCUUCUGGUUCUACUUUCUUUGAGGAGCUCGGAUUAUAUUACAUCGGUCCAGUGGAUGGGCAUAACAUCGAUGAUCUUGUUACCAUAUUCCAAAAAGUAAAGACAAUGCCAGCACCAGGGCCAGUUCUAAUUCAUAUUAUAACCGAGAAAGGAAAAGGCUAUCCCCCGGCCGAGGCAGCAGCUGAUAGAAUGCACGGAGUCGUUAAGUUUGAUCCUAAGACAGGAAAGCAGAUGAAGGCGAAAACCCCUACACUUAUGUAUACUCAAUACUUCGCUGAGUCAUUGAUAAAAGAAGCUGAAGCAGAUAAUAGGAUUGUGGCCAUUCAUGCAGCAAUGGGUGGUGGAACUGGUCUAAAUUAUUUCCAGAAGAGGUUCCCCGAACGCUGUUUUGAUGUAGGUAUUGCUGAACAGCAUGCUGUUACGUUUGCAGCCGGUUUAGCCACCGAGGGUCUUAAGCCAUUCUGUGCCAUUUAUUCGUCCUUUCUACAACGAGGUUAUGACCAGGUGGUGCAUGAUGUCGAUCUUCAAAAGUUACCUGUCCGGUUUGCAAUGGAUCGAGCUGGUUUAGUCGGUGCAGAUGGACCUACCCAUUGUGGGGCAUUUGACGUGGCAUACAUGGCUUGUUUGCCCAACAUGAUAGUCAUGGCUCCAUCGGACGAAGCAGAACUUAUGCACAUGGUUGCAACAGCAGCAGCCAUAGACGACAGGCCAAGCUGCUUCAGAUUUCCACGUGGUAAUGGCGUAGGAGCAGUGCUUCCUCCUGAUUACAAAGGAACUCCACUUGAGAUUGGGAAGGGAAGGAUACUAAGAGAAGGCAAUAGAGUUGCAAUUCUUGGAUUUGGUUCUGUAGUCCAGCAAUGUCUAGGAGCCGCGGAAAUGCUAAAAUCCCAUAACAUAUUGCCAACAAUAGCCGAUGCAAGAUUCUGCAAACCAUUGGAUGCUGAUCUAAUCAGAAGACUAGCCAAAGAGCACGAAAUCUUAAUCACUGUUGAAGAAGGUUCAAUUGGAGGUUUUGGAUCCCAUAUCUCACAUUUCCUAACUCUACAUGGCAUUUUGGAUGGACCCCUUAAGUUGAGAUCAAUGGUACUUCCUGAUAGAUACAUUGAUCAGGGUGCACCUCAAGAUCAGAUUGAAGAAGCAGGUCUCUCUUCAAGACAUAUUUGUGCUACAGUUUUAUCACUUCUGGGAACGCCCAAAGAGGUUGUAAAUUUCGUAUAAAUAUAGUAAACUUGUGUGUUAGUAGUAUGGUAGCUAGAGAGACCUAAAUAAGAUGAUGGGUUUUCUUUAUUACGGUUUAGAAGUAUAAGAUACAAGUGUGUAGUCACUCUAAAAAGUAUUCUCUGUUUCCAUGAACUAUUUAUUUAACUUC